CAAACCAGCCACCUAUGUCCCUAACCAAAAUUAAUCACUGUAGCCAAAAUCUCCAUGCCAAUUUCCUCCAUGUCCAUUCUCCGUCACCGUACCAUCAUCCCACUACGACCGCCGCCCUCCUAACCGUCGCCAAAUUCUUCCCAAAUCUCAAUUCUCCAGUAGGUCUCUGUCGCUGAAGGCUCGUAUUUUUCUUAGACAGACAGAGAGACCGAGGAGAGAGGAUGGAGGGUCAGCGGGCCGCUCUGUUUCAAUGCCAGCGAAUUGGCUGCAACGCCAUGUUUUCCGAUGAUGACAAUCCCGAAGGUUCCUGUCAAUAUCAUAAUUCAGUCCUCCCUUUCUUACUGUGCUCUGGUUUGGAUGUGAGAGAAGCAAAGAAGAUUAUCGCUUUCCCUUUUUCCUUUGGUUCAAUUUGAAUAAUUAAAAUAUCCCAACUGAGAUUAGUCACAAAAUUCUGUUUUUUUAAUUCUUAUUAUUUGCUUGUAAUUGGCUUUUUAGUUUAAACAGCACCAGAACCCUAGCAGGCGGUGGAUGUCAACCUGACGCGGUCGUCUCCACCGAUUCACGGCCCUGCAGUCCGUGACCUCCUCUUCCUCUUUCUAGUGUAAUGAAUAAAAAAUAAUAAUUUUUUAUGUAUUAAUUAAUUAAUUAAUUUUAUCCUAAUUGGCAAACGAGUAGAUCCCGUUUCUGUCAUGUCAUCAUAUAACAGCUAAAUUGACAAAAAACUUAACAGAUUUUUAACAUUGAAAUGAAUUCAUAAAUUGUAGUAUGAUAUUGCAAUAUUUAAAACGUGAUGUAUGAGACAAUAGUUCGACCUAUACUUUUGUGUAAUUUACCCUAUAUAUAAUAAGAGCACCAAACUCUUCCUCAAUACCAAACCAGCUUAAUUUGGCAGAUGGUUUUCUUGAGUCAUCUUGUGGUUUCCAGAAAUGAAAUAAUCCUCACAACUUAAAAUCAUGGCAUCCAAAGAAGAAAAAGCGCAUUCUUUCAUCCCUAUUAUACUCAUUCUCUUGUUGGUUUCUUCGGCUUCAGCAGCAACAGCAGGACAAGAAGCAGAAGCAGAAGCACUUCUGAAUUGGAAAGCUAGCCUUGACAACAGCACAAGUCUCUCCCUCUUGCCUUCAUGGGUUGGAAACAACAUAUGCAAUUGGGAAGGAAUUGCUUGUAACAAUUUUGGAAGCAUAACACAAAUAAACCUCACUUCUUCUGGCUUAAGAGGUACGCUUCAUGCACUUAGUUUCUCAUCUUUCCCAAGUCUCAUGAGCCUUAACCUGAGCCACAAUGCGAUUUUCGGAACAAUCCCACUGGAGAUAGGGUUUUUGAAAAGCCUUCAAAUCCUUGAUCUUGCUGGAAACAACAUCAAUGGGUCCAUUCCACAUGCAGUUGGAAUGUUGGGCAACUUAACCAUUCUGUCCCUCCAACAAAACAAUCUCUCUGGAAAUCUCCCUGCAGAAAUAUGCAUGCUGAAUUCACUCAGUGUGAUCAAUGUAGCGCAUAACAGUCUCAUGGGUUCGAUUCCAGAAGCAAUCGGAAACCUGUCCAGCUUAACUGUUCUUGCCCUUCAACGCAACAAUUUCUCCGGCGCAAUUCCUUCCACAAUAGGCAACCUGAGCGGCCUCAAGGAGAUGUAUUUGAUGGGAAAUCAAUUAAUUGGAAAUAUCCCACCUGAAAUAGGAAAGCUCAAAUUUCUUACUCAUUUGGGAUUGGUGGAUAACAAACUCAAUGGCUCUCUUCCUUCAGGACUGAAUAAUUUUACAUUUUUGAAGCAGUUGUUUUUGAGCAACAACUUUUUUUCCGGCAGCAUUCCCCACGAUAUAUGCAUCAGCGGAGUCCUCGAACUGUUUACGGCACACAACAAUCAGUUGACAGGCCCCAUGCCUAGAAGCUUGAGGAACUGCACCAGUUUAGUUAGAUUGAGGCUUGAGAGGAACCAGCUGACAGCAAAUAUAGCUCAAGAGUUUGGCAUUUAUCCGAAACUAAUUUACGUCGAUUUGAGUUACAACAGAUUCUAUGGUGAGCUUUCAGAAAACUGGGAGCAGUGCCAAAACUUACAAAGCUUGAGGCUUGGCAACAACAGAAUUUCCGGGGAGAUACCUCGGUUUGAGGGAUCAAUUCAGCUCCAUGUGCUUGACCUAUCUUCGAAUAAUCUCACCGGGACAAUCCCAAAGGAAAUAGGGAAGUUGACAUCCUUGUUCAACCUUAACCUAGGUGACAACAAACUUUCAGGCAGUGUGCCUUCGGAGAUUGGAUUGCUAACCAAUCUACAACAUCUUAACUUAGCAGCAAAUGAUUUCAGUGGACUAAUUCCAGAAAAAUUAGACGGGUGCAGAGUGUUGUUGAACUUGAACUUGAGCAGAAACAGAUUUAGUGAGAGCAUUCCUCUUCAGAUGGCAAGCAUAAACGCUCUUCAAGUUCUCGAUCUCAGUCAAAAUUCACUGAUGAGUGAAAUUCCACCACAGCUUGGAAAUUUGAUGAAGUUGGAAACCUUGAAUCUCUCCCACAACAAGCUCUCUGGUUCGAUCCCAUCUACGUUCGAUAACAUGUUGAGCUUGACAGUUGUUGAUAUGUCAUACAAUCAUUUGGAGGGUCCUCUUCCCAACAACAGAGCAUUCCACGAGGCCUUGGUUCUAGCAUUUGCGAAUAACACAGGCUUGUGUGGCAAUGCCACAGGUUUGAAUGUUUGUCCGUCAGAAACGAGAGGGGAUAAAAAGAGCAGCAAAUCGAUUAUCUUCAUUGUAGUCCUUAUUUUAGGCAUCCUGCUGUUUGCAUUUGUGGUAACCGGGAUUCUUUGCGUGAUCUGCUAUCCGCAGGAAGCGCAAAAUGAAGACCAGUUUGCGGUUUGGAGUUAUGAUGGAAGACUUGAGUAUGAAGACAUCAUUAAAGCCACAGAGGGAUUCAACUCCAAAUAUUUUGUGGGGGUGGGAGGCAAUGCAAGUGUUUAUAAAGCUGAGCUGCCCACAGGCCGGAUUGUUGCGGUGAAGAAACUCCACAUGCUACAGGAUAGUGGAGUGGCAAACAUCAAGGCUUUCGAGAGUGAGGUUCGUACUCUAUCAGAGAUUCGUCACAGAAACAUUUUGAAGCUUUAUGGUUUCUGUUCGCAUCCGCAGCACCCUCUUUUGUUGUAUGAUUUCAUAAACGGAGGAAGCUUGCAAAAGAUACUGACCGACGAAAACCAUGCGGUUAAGUUUGGAUGGAUUGAGAGGGUGAAUGCUGUCAAGGAUGUUGCUAAUGCAUUGUCGUAUAUGCACCAUGAUUGUUCACCUCCGAUAUUACAUCGAGACAUUUCAAGUAAGAACAUCUUGCUGGACUUGGAAUAUGGAGCUUAUGUUUCCGAUUUUGGUACAGCUAAGCUCUUGAAUCUUGAGACUUCAAAUUGGACUUCAUUUGCAGGCACAUUCGGAUACAGUGCUCCAGAGUUUGCAUACACGAUGGAAACAAAUGAGAAAUGCGAUGUUUAUAGCUUUGGAGUGGUAGCACUAGAAAUGAUCAUGGGAAAGCAUCCCGGAGACCUCCUCUCCUAUUUUUUGUCAUUGUCCUCAACAUCAACACCCAAACCUAUACAACUGAACGAUGUCUUGGACAAGAGGCUCCCGCCUCCUGGAAAUCUUGUUGUGGAAAAAGUGAUCACUGUUGCAAACCUUGCACAUGCGUGCGUGCGAACGAAUCCACAAUCUCGACCAACCAUGCGACAAAUUUCCCAUGAGUUGUCAUUUUGAAGGACCUUUUUUGCCAUAGAUGUUUGAAAUGAUUAGCUCAUGAUUCUUGAUUAGAAAUCUAUGCUUUCUUCUUUCAAUAAAAAUCUUCAUAUGUUUAAUGUAUAUUUACAACCGCUCUUUAAAUAUAAGUUACAAUGAAUGUA